GGACACUGUCUGCAGCUUUUUGUUCAAGUGUCUCACGGUGAAUUGUAGUAUGUCAAACUGGACAAGGUAUCUUGGUUGAAGUUACACCAAUUGAAAAAUUGGAGGUUUCUAGACUACUGAAAAGAAGGUGUUUUUAGAGUUGGAGAUGUGAAUGAAAUUCCUGUGCCAGGGCUUAUACAUCUUGAGGAUUUUAUCCAGAAAACUACAUCACAUUUGGUCAUUAUGUCUCCUUAGGCUCGUCUUGGCUACGACAGUUUCUCAGACCUUCCUUGUUUUUGAUGACCUGGACAGUGUUGAGGAGUACCGAUCAGAAAAUGACUAUGGUGUUGGAAGAUCACUACUUCUGGAAGGCUGGUUAACAUCCAUUUUCUAAGAGAAACUUGACCACCAUUUGCUCUGGCAUGGCGCAAAGCAGUCCACAGCUUGAUAUUCAGGUUCUCCAUGAUCUCCGACAACGUUUCCCUGAAAUUCCAGAGGGAGUGGUAUCUCAGUGCAUGUUACAGAAUAACAACAAUCUUGAAGCCUGUUGCCGAGCCCUUUCCCAGGAUAAUAGCAAAUACUUAUAUAUGGAAUACCAUAGUCCAGAUGACAAUAAAAUGAAUAGAAACCGCCUUUUGCAUAUUAACCUGGGUAUCCACUCUCCUAGUAGCUACCACCCAGCUGAUGGAGCUCAACUUAAUGGUGGUCGAACACUGGUACAUAGCUCAAGUGAUGGACAUAUUGAUCCACAGCAUACAGCAGGAAAACAGCUGAUAUGUUUAGUUCAGGAACCACACUCAGCUCCAGCUGUUGUGGCUGCUACUCCCAACUACAAUCCAUUUUUUAUGAAUGAACAGAACAGAAGUGCAGCUACACCUCCUUCACAGCCACCUCAACAACCAUCUUCCAUUCAAACGGGAAUGAAUCCAUCUGCUAUGCAAGGGCCUUCACCACCACCGCCACCACCUCCUUCAUACAUGCACAUACCUCGGUAUAGUACAAAUCCAAUUACUGUUACAGUAUCCCAGAACCUCCCUUCUGGACAGGCUGUACCAAGAGCUUUACAAAUUCUUCCACAAAUUCCAAGCAAUCUCUAUGGGUCUCCUGGUUCUAUUUAUAUUAGACAGACAUCUCAGAGUUCAUCAGGAAGACAAACUCCUCAGAGUACGCCAUGGCAGGCCUCACCACAGGGCCCAGUUCCUCAUUAUAGCCAACGUCCUUUGCCUGUUUAUCCACACCAACAGAACUAUCAACCUUCUCAGUAUUCUCCUAAACAGCAGCAGAUUCCUCAAUCUGCUUACCAUUCACCGCCUCCUUCUCAGUGUCCUUCACCCUUCAGCUCUCCACAGCAUCAAGUGCAGCCUUCCCAGUUGGGCCACCCAAGUUCCCACGUCUUUAUGCCACCUAGUCCUUCAACUACUCCACCCCAUCUUUAUCAACAAGGACCUCCUAGCUAUCAGAAACAGGGAAGCCAUUCGGUAGCCUAUCUCCCAUACACACCAUCUAGCUUACCCAAAGGUUCCAUGAAGAAGAUAGAAAUUACAGUUGAACCUUCUCAAAGACCUGGGACAGCAAUCACGAGGAGUCCUUCACCCAUCAGCAAUCAACCGUCUCCACGGAAUCAGCAUGCACUGUACACAGCCACCACACCACCUUCAAGUUCUCCUUCAAGAGGAAUAUCUAGUCAACCCAAACCUCCAUUUAAUGUUAACCCUGUGUAUAUUACAUAUACACAGCCAACUGGACCUUCAUGCGCUCCAUCGCCUUCUCCUCGGGUGAUACCAAACCCAACUACGGUCUUUAAAAUUACUGUAGGCCGGGCAACGACAGAAAAUCUUUUAAAUUUAGUGGACCAAGAAGAGCGCUCUGCAGCACCAGAACCUAUUCAACCCAUUUCAGUGAUACCAGGCUCUGGGGGAGAAAAGGGAAGCCAUAAAUAUCAGAGGAGUUCUAGUUCUGGAUCAGAUGACUAUGCCUACACACAAGCUUUGCUGUUACAUCAGCGAGCAAGGAUGGAGAGGUUAGCAAAGCAAUUGAAACUUGAGAAAGAGGAGCUAGAGCGGUUGAAGGCUGAAGUUAACAGUAUGGAGCAUGACCUGAUGCAGAGACGGCUCAGAAGAGUCAGCUGCACUACUGCGAUCCCCACGCCUGAGGAAAUGACAAGAUUGAGAAGCAUGAACAGACAACUCCAGAUAAAUGUUGACUGUACACUGAAAGAAGUUGACCUCCUUCAAUCUAGAGGAAACUUUGAUCCAAAAGCCAUCAAUAAUUUUUAUGACAACAUAGAACCUGGCCCAGUUGUACCACCCAAGCCAUCUAAAAAAGACUCCUCAGACCCUUGCACAAUUGAGAGAAAAGCCCGAAGAAUUAGCGUGACCUCCAGAGUACAGGCGGACGUCCAUGACACCCAGGCACCAGCUGCAGAUGAGCAUGUAACUGGCUCCAAACAGAGUCCUCGAACGCAACCUCGAGACGAAGACUAUGAGGGAGCCCCAUGGAAUUGCGACAGCUGCACCUUUCUGAACCACCCAGCACUCAAUCGCUGUGAGCAGUGCGAGAUGCCGCGAUACACUUGAAUUCAGAGGAGUGUGCACCGGGUUGAGAGGGAAACUUCGAGCACCCACCAGAAGAAAGGGAACCUGGGGAAUCUAGUCAUCACCCAGCCUUUUCAUUUCCGAUUGCAUGGGGGGAGGAGGAAUGGCACUGUGGCCGCUGUGACCAUGUGAGGAAACACGGGGAGGGUUGGUUGGUUGGUUGGUUUUUUUUUUUCCUUUCGUAACUCAUUGCAGAGUGAGAGAUAAAAGGAAUACUUGAAACUGGGAAAGGAUUCACUCCUGAAAGAAUGUACACAGAGAAGUCAGGCGCUCUCCUGUGGAAUCCCAAUUGUUCAAGUUACUGCUGAGUCGCCCUUAUUUUUUAAAAUAGAGCUUUGAAUCCUGGUGUGGAAUGUUACAGUUUAUGCUGACAAACUGUGAAUUCCCAGAGCAGACAUACCUGGUCACAGUUCUUGGGAAAAACCAAGGCUCCCUUCCCGUGCUUCUUUCUGUUGCUUCCUACUGAAGGAAGAGGACAGGAAAAAGCACCCCAAAUAAUGAUUUGGGGGGGGGCAAGAUAAUAAGGGUAUUUGUAAUUGCUGCUUUUUUCAGGGGUAAUUUCAAACACACGUACACAUUACACAAACAAGAUGUUUUAAAAUGUGAUUUGUAGCAGUCAGGAAUUAGGCAUUCAUGCCCAUUAUUUGAAAGUACAAUCAGAGAUGGAUGAUUCUUUUGGCUUGUACAAUGGUUCAUCAAGCCGUAUCAACACUGGUAACUAAGACCCAAUUAUGUCACAUAAGAGAUAUAUUUUUUAAGUUACUGCAUGCUUUUAUUAGGCCAUCGGUUUUAAAAAUAACAAGUCCUUGCAAACAAUGAUUUUACAAAUGACAUUCUCAUAAAACUGCGCUUUGCCAAUGGCACAGUGAAUGUAUGCCAGAUGCAAGUCCAUUCCAAACCCCAUUUGGAAACCUUGAGCUCAACUGUGGUUCUUAAGCAAUGUCUGCAGUCCAUAGGGCCUCCCCCCAUGUUGUGAUGAAUUCAUGAUGUUUACAGCACAGGUAAUACUUUGUGCCAUAAUCCUAAUUUAGCUGAAAAAAAAAAUCAAUACUAGCUGUUCAAUAAAGAUCUAUUUGCACAUGUGAUGAUAAACCACUGUGAGGGAAAUUACAGUUGGCCGGUAUAAAGUUGCAUACUAUAUUAGUUGGGGAGUAAGGGACAGAUUGUCAAGAAACAUUUUUAAGAGAAAGAGUGAACUUUGAGACAAACAGUUUUAUAAAAUUAACAUUACUGUAUUCAGAGAUUAUAUUGCGUUCAUUCAGGCAAUUUAGGUGAUAUGAACGCGCUCCUUGUGAAACAACUUCAGAGCAUGGAUAACUGAAGAGGUACAAAACCAUGUGACUCACUAGGGUACAUCACUGGAAAAUGAAUAAUAGCAGAUUUAAUUAAAGUCUCUGCCAUUGUUGAACUUCCUUAGCUCAGAAUUGGAGUUUGGAAUCUCCCCUCAUUUUGGUGAAUAUAAUAAACAGCAAUAAAGUUGAUAGGUUUUCCCAUCCUAAAGGAUUUUUACCAGAGGUUGUACCUUGGGAAUAUCCACUCUCCCUUACCAGGUGCCCCCUCCCUGCCACACACACACACACACACACACCCUUCAUGCUGUCAUUUAUAUGCUAAUUUUGCAGUAGUUUCAGGCAGACCUGGAAAAACAAGCUGCACUUAGUAGCAUAAUGAAACCAAAGGCAUAAUAACUUGUCAGUUUUCCAUCAAAAUCAUAGUUUCACACUCUGCCUACAGCUUUGAAAACAUGUUUUUUAUAUGUGGAAAAUUCCCUAAUAUAUAUCCACUUGUCUCCCAAAGUAAGCAUGGUUAUGUCAUUACACUGUUAAAACAUCUCUCGUAUACCACUGUGGCAAAACUGUGAAAAUAAUGGUGAAAAAGCAGAUGGGCUUAAAAAUGGACCUGAGAACAGCAUUCUUUCAAGGCUUUUGUAACACUGGUCUCUGUCAGUCUCUAAUAAAAGUCGAGCAGUCCUACUGUUCUGUAAUAUGCCUUUGCCUUUGUAUGGUUUCAUAUCUCUUUAGUGAUGGUGUACCCUACUUGGUUUUAAGUAAAAUUGAGGGAGAAAAUAUAUAUAUACUG